AUUCUGUAUGCAGUAGGUAGGAUAGAAUACCUGUAUGUCUCUAGUAAUGAACUUGGAUAGUGCACCAGAACACAACAAUAUGGUUUAAAUGUUGACUGCUUUAUUAGGUCUUUGUCAGUCAAUAACCUGUUUCUCCUACAGUGUGGAUCAUGGUGGAGAGUGCAGGCUGAAAUCAGGGCCGAGGAAAUAUGCCUGUCAUCUCACCCUGGACCCAAAUACAGCACACCCAAACCUGGUACUGUCUGAGGGGAACAGGAAGGUGACACGGGUGUUGAAGAAGCAACAUUAUGAAGACCAUCCAGACAGAUUUGACUGUAGUCCCCAAGUUCUCUGCAGAGAAGGCUUAUCUGGAUGUCGUUAUUACUGGGAGGUGGAGAGGGAUGGCAACAUGGCUGGCAUUGGUGUGGUGUACAAAGGAAUGAAGAGGAAGGGAUGGGAGGAUGACAGUUGGAUUGGAGCCAAUAGGAAGUCCUGGUGUUUAGUCUGCUCUGAUGGCCUCUAUUUAUUUAACCAUGAUGGAGUCGACAGAUCCAUCUCUGGUCCUCUUUCUAACAGAGUUGGAGUGUUUCUGGACUGGCCAGGUGGUAUUUUGUCCUUCUACAGUGUGUCCUCCUCUGGAACACUGACACACCUUCACACAGAACACACCAGAUUCACUGAACCCCUCUAUCCUGGAUUUUGGGCUACCUCCUCCUCAGUGACCCUGUGUCAGAUAGAUGACCAACACAUUCAGAGAGACCAUGGUGGAGAGAGUUGGAUCAAGCCUGGACCUGAGAACACCAGAGACCAUGGUGGAGAGUGUUGGAUCAAGCCUGGACCUGAGGACACCAGAGACCAUGGUGGAGAGUGUUGGAUCAAGCCUGGACCUGAGGACACCAGAGACCAUGGUGGAGAGAGUUGUAUCAAGUCUGGACCUGAGAAAUGGAUUCUUCAGAGCUGUAAGACUUGUGACCAUGUUGAGGACUCCACACACUGGCUUCAGAUUGAACCCUUGACUUCCACUGUCCAGGGAGUGACAAUGUUCAGGCACAGGACACCCAAAGGGAGUUAUGAGUGCACAGUGUCUGGUCUCCGCUGGCUGUGUGAGAGAGAUGUCAUUCUGAAGUAUCACUUCAGGAACUGGGAACCCUAUAGUCAACUUCUGAAAGACAUGCAGUACACACAAGGUGGUCCAUUGCUGGACAUCACUAUGGAGUUAGGUGAACUGGAGGAAGUUCAUCUGCCACACUUUGUCUGUUUAGGGACCAACCCUUCCCUGAGGAAUGAGAUGAAGGUUCUUCAUGUUGAGGAACAUGGAGUGUCUUUUGAGGAAGUGCAUGAGGUCACCAGAUUCCAUGCUAAGAUUCUCCAUCCCAAGUUCUCAGCUAUCUCUCUGAUACUGAGAUUACUGUCUUGGAACAUAGAUGUCCACUGUGACGUGGUCCUCUAUUUGGCAGUAAAAAGGUCAACAGUAAUUUCAAGGCUGUACCUGCUCCUCAGAAACUCCAGUCAGAAAGAGGCUGUUCAGGAACGGGAGAAAAAUCAGGUGUCCCAAGGAUAUUCAGAAUUGGUCCUGUCAAGUCCAAACGGGUCUUUAAAGCUGAACAGUUGGUUUGCACUCAAGAAUCCCCACUCCACUUCCAUCAAUCCAGAGAAGAUUCAGCUGUUACCUGCAGACACCACACCAAGCUGUUGUAAGAUGAUCAUGAGAAACACAGGGGUUGACAUUGAGAUGGAGUUAAUCGGGGAUGAUGAGAGGACAGUAUGGAGAGAGAUGGUAUCAAAAGACGAAUAUAGCAAAGACUCUCAUCCAACAUCAUAUCCCUCCCUGGGAUUCCUGCUGAGGAGUUUCUGAAGAAACACAGGGCUAAACUCAUUCAGGAGUCAAAAACCCAAAGCCAAUAGCAGAUGUUCUGCGGUCAAAGGACAUGAUUGGUGAUGAAGAGUACUCCAGAAUAACAGCUGAAACAACUGAACAGGAGCGAAUGAGAGAACUACUGAAUGCAGUCCUCCCUAAAGGACCAGAAGUGAUGGGAGCUUGUCUCAAAGCUCUCAGUGAACAUGAACACCAUCUUGUUAAGUACUUGAGUGAAUCUAGCACCUAAUCUGAAGAUGCUGAGGCCUGUCUCCUAGUCUGUGGACAAGACACUUCUUCACCUAAUCUGAAGAUGCUGAGGCCUGUCUCUUAGUCUGUGGACAAAGACACUUACAUGAUUGUAAAGGAGAACCCCCUGAAAUGGACACAAAUUAAUGGAACAUAUUGGCACUGUACGAAACAUAUGCACGGUGUCCAAUACCACUCAAAUGUAUGCAUUUCAUUCAAAGCUUAUGGCAAAUGUCAUAAGGCAAAUGCCAAGUGUCACACAGCAAAAAUCCAAAAGAUGGCGGAGCGCUCUCCACCGUAGAUUUUCAUAUUGCAAAUGCAUAUCAAGUCAAGACCCAAGAGUCAAAUUUAGAAAAUUAGAUUU